AUGAAGUCCCUCUCCGUUUCCAAGCUGCUCACAGUCGGCUCCCUGGCCGCCGUCGCAUACUCCGCCGCAACCCCCCAGAGAUCCCUCUCCGACGAUGCCUCCGACGACCACCCCAUCCCUCUGGUCAUCUGGCACGGCCUCGGCGACUCGUACGAUGGCGAUGGCAUCAAGCAGAUUGGCGAGCUGGCCGAGGAGAUCAACCCGGGCACCUUUGUCUACACCGUCAAGAUCGGCACCGACCCCAACAGCGACCGGACCGCUACCUUCUUCGGCAACGUGACGACGCAGCUUGACCAGGUCUGCGAGGCCCUCGCCGCGCACCCGAUCCUCUCCACGGCACCCGCCAUCGACGCCAUCGGCUUCUCCCAGGGAGGACAGUUCCUCCGCGGCUACGUCGAGCGCUGCAACAACCCGCCCGUGCGGUCCCUUGUCACCUACGGCAGCCAGCACAACGGCAUCGUCGAGUUCAAGGCCUGUGGCGACGGCGACCUGCUGUGCAAGGGAGCCAUGGCCCUGCUCCGUUUCAACACCUGGUCUGGCUUUGUCCAGAACCGUCUCGUGCCCGCGCAGUACUACCGUGACCCCAAGCCCGACCAGUACGAGAAGUACCUGGAGUCGUCCAACUUCCUGGCCGACAUCAACAACGAGCGCGAGCUCAAGAACGUCCAGUACAAGAAGAACCUCGCCAGCCUGACCAACUUUGUCAUGGUCAUGUUCGAGGACGACACCACCGUCAUUCCCAAGGAGACGGCCUGGUUCGAGGAGGUCAACGGCACCGAGAGCCUGCCGCUGCGCGCCAGAUCCAUCUACAAGGAGGACUGGAUCGGCCUGAGGGAGCUGGACCGCAAGGGCGGCCUCCGAUUCCGCCAGAUCCCCGGCGACCACAUGGAGCUGUCCCAGAAGAACCUGAACAAGACCAUCCAGGAGUUCUUUGGCCCCUACAAGAAGCACUUCGAGGCCGAGGCGAAGCCCAAAUUCCUCAGCGAGGAGUUGUAA